AUGGCGGGCUUUCUAAAAUCGACUGAUCUUGGACCGCACCCCCAUGGAUACGGCGCGGGUCACCAUCCGCACCAUGCGCAUCCGCAUGGACAUUUACCGCCCGGAAUGCCUAUGACAUCUUUAGCCCCGUUCGGUCUACCUCACGGGCUAGAUGCUGUAGGGUUUCCGCAAGGUAUGUGGGGCGUUAACCCUCGAAAACAACGUCGCGAACGAACCACUUUCACCCGCGCUCAAUUAGACGUACUGGAGGCACUUUUUGGGAAGACACGAUACCCAGAUAUUUUCAUGCGCGAGGAAGUAGCACUAAAAAUAAAUCUUCCUGAAUCAAGAGUACAGGUAUGGUUCAAGAAUCGGCGCGCCAAGUGCAGGCAGCAGUUGCAGCACCAGACUUCAACAAAUGCUAACAGCACUAAAUCGUCUAGCGGCGGUAGCAGUUCGAGCAUGUCAGUUCGUCAACAGUCUAGCAGUGCAUCCGGUUCGCUAGGCGGACCGUCCAAUAAUUCGGCAUCGACAACCACCGGAGGUAGUAACAACAGCAAUAGUAAGAACUCGAUCGUGAACGCUAAUAAUAAACCGACGAUAAAGCACACACCGAUGAACAACCACAGUCACAAUCAUUGUCAGUCUAGUGGGCCGUCAGGAAAUCUAGCCGGCGGAGUUGCAACCGCCAAUAAUGUAGGCCAGUCAAACGCGAGCGUUGCGAGUCAUAACGGCUCUCAGCACAGUCUCAAUCACAGCAAUGCCUCACCAAUACUACCGAUCACGCCGUCGACCUCCGUUAGCCCACCAAUUAACGUGAUCUGUAAGAAGGAGCAAACUUCAUCCUUUCAUCAUGGAGGCACCACCUCUAGUAGCGAAGCGGCUAUGAAAGCGGUUGCGGCGGUGGCUGGUUACGAGUUACUGAAAGAGUCCGAGUUGAAUCUUGCGCACCAUUCUCCGGCCACUUACGUCAACAUCAACUCACGACUGGGCCAAUCUCUCGGGGCGGGAGGAGGCGUCUCCGGAGGCAUCGGCAGUGGCACAAUUGGUAGCUCGAUCGGCGGCGUGGUCGGUGGUAUAAGUAGCGUUGGGCUCACUAACGGACCAUCGGCUGCCGGAAACUUGACACCGCUCGGUUCAAAUUCUUCUAUAAUGACUACACCAUCGCCACCGAUUACUCCGCAGACAUCACACAAUCCGUUGUCGUACGUACCAAAUCACGAAACGUAUAACUUCUGGCACAACCAGUACCAGCAGUAUCCAAACAACUACAACCCGCCGUCUUAUUACAGUCAGAUGGAUUACUUCAAUAAUCAGAAUCAAGGCAACUACAAUAUGAGCCACACAGGCUACGCGACUUCUGCUAACUUCGGUCUCACUUCCACGUCUGCCCUUUCCGGGCCAAUGGGUUCGCAAACUUUUAGCCCAAAUGGACUCGAUUAUAUAAGUCCACAAGAUAAAUAUGUCAACAUGGUGUAA